ACGAGCAAAGACGUGGAAUGUUAGACAUUUUUUUUUCUCGGGCGCCGUAAUGAUGGAGUAAAAAGCACCAUGAUUGGUGGAUGCAAGCAAGAAGAAAUAUAAAACCACCGGAGAGCCGUAGCAUACGGACUAGAAAUACGAUAAAUGCGGAUAAAUCAGCGUUGCCUUACAACUAAAACGACGAACACACGAUGAUUAAAAGACGCCUUUUCACAGACAUUCAUCGUAUACAAGAUGCAGCCGAAUUCUAGAAAGAAAUGAAAAUACAAAAGAAGGAGAAGCAGAUGUCCGCUGCCCACUUAAUAAAGCACACUCCAGCUUCUGCAGCCUCUACUGCCACUGACCAAAACGCACAAAUCACGUUUCCCGUAGGCCCACAGGGCAAAGAGCAAAUCCGGGUACUGGGUGGGCAGACCAAUCACUGCAUGGCCCACACAAAGCACUCUGGGACAUGGGAGGGGGGCUCGGGAACAGGCAGGCACGCGUGCCCGCCAGCAUCGCCUGGCAACAGCGAGGAGGACGAUGGAGGGGGUGGCACCCGGGUAAAGAAGAAACGAAAGAAAAAAGACAAGAAGGGCUCGGGCGCGGGGCAAAAGCAGGAACGAGAGAGCGAAUCCAAACCAAAGAAAAAGAAGGAGCUGAAAGAACUGAAGGAGAUAUUGCCAAGGAAGUCGAAAGCACCCAAGGAGCCCAAGGGUCUCAAGGAGGCCAAGGAGUCUAAGAAGUUCAAGGAGCUGAAGUCACCAAAGGAGCCUAAAAAAGGGAGAAAGGGUCGGGAAGCCAAGGCCAAGCCCACCGUAGACUGCAAGGCCACAUCAUCUCCUCCUAGACAGCGAGGCAGAAAGCCCAAAGAGCAGGGCGUGGUCCCGCCAGAGAAGAAGAAGAAGGGGAAGAGGAAAAGCGAGGUCCAGCAGGAGGCGCUAGAGAGCGACGACACAGCCUCCCUGACUGCAGUGGCCGUGGGGGGCGAGGAAAGCAGUGACCCCCUGGACAGCACGAAACGGCGCUCAGGGCGUCAGGUGAAGCGCAGGAAGUAUAACGAGGACCUGGAUUUCAAGGUGGUGGACGACGACGGGGAGACCAUCGCGGUGCUGGGCAGUGGCCGCAUGGGAGCCCUGUCUGCCUCCACGCUGGCCUGGCAAGCGGAGGAGCCGCCUGAAGACGAGGCUAACAUCAUUGAGAAAAUCCUCUCUGUGCGAACUGUCAAGAAGGAGGCAGAGCCGGAGGAGCCACCUGAGGAGUUUGAGGAGUUCUAUGUCAAGUACAGAAAUUUCUCGUACCUUCACUGCAAAUGGGCGACUCUGGAGGAACUGGAAAAGGACCCGCGCAUCCACCAAAAAAUUAAGCGCUUCAGGAAUAAGCAGGCACAAAUGAAGCACAUUUUUAGUGAACCAGACGAGGAUCUUUUUAAUCCGGACUACAUUGAGGUGGACCGUGUGCUGGAAGUGGCCCACACUACUGACACAGAGACCGGAGAGGAGGUUACACACUAUCUGGUAAAGUGGUGCUCUCUGUCGUACGAGGAAAGCACUUGGGAGCUCCAAGAGGAUGUUGAUCCUGUAAAGAUCCGUGAGUUUGAGGAGCUCAAGAAAAUUCCUGAUUUGAAAUAUGUGGAGAGACCUCAACCCGAUAAGUGGCAGAAGCUGGACAACUGUCGAGACUACAGGAAUGGGAACGAGUUGAGAGAAUACCAGCUCGAGGGAAUGAACUGGCUUCUGUUCAACUGGUACAACAGGAAAAACUGCAUCUUGGCAGACGAAAUGGGCCUGGGAAAGACCAUUCAGUCCAUCACAUUCCUCUUCGAGAUCUUCAGCAUGGACAUUCGCGGCCCAUUCCUCAUCAUCGCCCCGCUCUCCACCAUCACAAACUGGGAGCGCGAGUUCCGCACCUGGACCGAGAUCAACGUGAUCGUCUACCAUGGCAGCCAGAUCAGUCGACAGAUGAUCUUACAAUAUGAAAUGUACCACAGAGAUGAACAUGGAAACUCUGUGUCCGGCUUGUUUAAGUUCCAUGGUGUGAUCACUACGUUUGAGAUGAUCAUGGCUGACUGCCCCGAGCUGAAGAAAAUUAACUGGCGCUGUGUCGUGAUUGACGAGGCCCACCGGCUGAAGAACCGCAACUGCAAGCUUCUAGAGGGACUCAAGCUCAUGAACUUGGAACACAAAGUGCUGUUGACUGGAACACCACUGCAGAACUCUGUUGAGGAACUCUUCAGCUUGCUCAACUUCCUGGAACCACUUCAGUUCCCCUCUGAGACCACCUUCCUGGAGGAGUUUGGGGACCUGAAAACAGAGGAGCAGGUGAAGAAGCUUCAGGCCAUCCUGAAGCCCAUGAUGCUGAGAAGGUUAAAGGACGACGUGGAGAAGAACUUGGCACCAAAAGAGGAGACCAUCAUCGAGGUGGAGUUGACCAACAUGCAGAAGAAAUACUACCGUGCCAUUCUUGAAAAGAACUUCACCUUUCUGGCCAAGGGUGCCAACCAGCACAACAUGCCCAACCUCAUCAACACUAUGAUGGAGCUUCGCAAGUGCUGCAACCACCCAUACCUCAUCACUGGUGCAGAAGAGAAGAUUCUGGAAAGCUUCAAGAAGUCCCACAGCCCCGAUGCCUCAGACUUCCAGCUUCAGGCGAUGAUCCAAUCAUCAGGAAAGCUGGUCCUCAUUGACAAGCUCCUGCCUCGUCUCAUCGCUGGAGGUCACAAAGUUCUGGUCUUCUCCCAGAUGGUGCGCUGCUUGGACAUCCUGGAGGACUACCUCAUCCAGAGGAGGUACACGUAUGAGCGCAUUGACGGUCGUGUACGGGGAAACCUGCGGCAGGCAGCCAUCGACCGCUUCUGCAAGGUGGACUCGGAUCGCUUCGUGUUUCUGCUGUGCACGCGUGCAGGGGGCCUGGGCAUCAACCUGACAGCCGCGGACACCUGCAUCAUCUUUGACUCUGACUGGAACCCACAGAACGACUUGCAGGCACAAGCUCGCUGUCACAGGAUUGGCCAGAGCAAAGCGGUGAAGGUCUACCGUCUCAUCACUCGGAACUCGUACGAGCGGGAGAUGUUCGACAAGGCCAGUCUGAAGCUGGGUUUGGACAAGGCAGUGCUGCAGGACAUCAACCGCAAGGGCAGCCUGAAUGGAGUGCAGCAGCUGUCCAAGUUGGAGGUGGAGGACCUUUUGAGGAAGGGUGCGUACGGUGCCCUAAUGGACGAGGAGGACGAAGGCUCUAAAUUCUGCGAGGAAGAUAUUGACCAGAUCCUUCAGCGCCGCACUCAGACCAUCACCAUCCAGACAGAAGGGAAGGGCUCCACUUUCGCUAAGGCCAGCUUUGUAUCUUCUGGAAACAGAACUGACAUCUCUCUGGAUGAUCCAAACUUCUGGCAGAAAUGGGCUAAAAUCGCUGAGCUGGAGAUCGACUCUAAGGAAGAGAAAGAGAGCCUGGUGAUCGAUACGCCUCGCGUGCGGAAACAGACGCGUCAUUACAACUCGUUUGAGGACGACGAGCUGAUGGAGUUCUCUGAGCUGGACAGCGACUCGGAAGAAAGGCCGUGUCGUACGCGCCGCCUCAACGACAGAAACCGACGCUACCUGCGGGCGGAAUGCUUCCGUGUGGAAAAGAACCUGCUCAUAUUUGGCUGGGGGCGGUGGAAGGACAUCCUCACCCAUGGGCGCUUCAAGUGGCACUUGGCGGAGCGGGACAUGGAGCUGAUGUGCCGGGCUCUGCUGGUCUACUGUGUGCGCCACUACAAAGGAGACGAAAAGAUCAAGAGCUUCAUCUGGGACCUCAUCACCCCAACUAAAGACGGUCAAAAUGAGGCCCUACAGAACCACUCUGGUCUGUCGGCACCCGUUCCCCGCGGUCGUAAGGGCAAAAAGCUGAAGAACCAGCUGUGUCUACCUGAGUUGAACAAUGCAGACUGGCUGGUGCACUGCAAUCCAGAGGUGGUGCUGCAGGACGACAGCUACAAAAAGCACCUCAAGCAGCACUGCAACAAGGUACUUUUGAGGGUUCGCAUGCUGUACUAUUUGAAGGCGGAGGUCCUGGGGGAAGCAGCAACUCAGGCCCUGGAAAGCAUUUCAGCCAGCAAACUAGAGGUGGCUCUUCCUGACAUUGACUACAUUGAGAUUCCGGCUGGCUGGUGGGACGCUGAAGCAGACAAAUCCCUCCUCAUCGGUGUCCACAAGCACGGGUACGAGCGAUACAACGCCAUGCGGGCUGACCCAGACCUGUGCUUCCUGGAGCGAGUGGGCAUGCCUGAUGUCAUGGCCCUUUCUGCAGAGCAGUCAGGCUCAGAGGUGCCAGCUGAUGCAAAUGACAGGGACAUUGGAAAUGGGCUUCAAUGGCCUCUUGGUCAGACGGACCUUCAGAGCAAAUCCCAAAUUUGCCAAAGUGUUGGGAAGACUGAAGAUAUGAAAGACGAGACUGAGAGCAAGACGGAGGGGGGAGAAGAUAAGGAGGAGAGCAAAGAUGACACCAGUUCUGUUACAGACACAUCAGAGAAACAGGAGAAUGCUGUUUCAAGUGAACUGGGAGUUCCUGAGGUCCAUGAGCAGGGCAGGCUUCUCUGGCCGGCUGGUUCUGCUCUGACGGCUCGUCUUCGACGGCUCAUCACCACCUACCAGCGUUACAACCGUCGUGAGCCCCUGCGCCAUGACUACCUGAUGCUGGAUGGGGCUGGUCAUGUGCCCUGGCAACUGGGAGAAGACCUGAGGAGAUGUGCUGUGGAACCAGACCCCUUGUUCCUCGAGUGGCAGAGGAGGUGGACACGUCGAGAGCAGGCAGACUUCUAUCGGACAGUUUCAUCCUUCGGUGUUAUGUUUGACCCGGAGAAGAAAGUGUUUGAUUGGACACAGUUCCGCGCUCUCGCUCGCCUGGAGAGAAAAACAGAUGAAAGUUUAGAGAGAUAUUUCUACAACUUUGUAUCCAUGUGUCGCACUGCCUGCAGGCUUCCCCCAAGGAAGGAUGAAGGUCCCAUUGAUCACGCUCUGUUUGUAGAACCAAUCACUGAAGAGCGAGCGGCCCGCACACUCUACCGCAUCGAGUUGCUGAGGAAAAUUCGGGAGCAAGUUCUUCGCCACCCGCUGCUGGGACAGAGACUUCAGCUGUGCCAGCCCAGCCUCUACCUGCCUGUGUGGUGGGAGUGCGGGAAACACGACCGGGACCUCCUGAUUGGUGCCGCCAAGCAUGGCUUGAGCCGCACUGACUAUUACAUCCUCAAUGAUCCCCAGCUCUCCUUCCUGGAAGCCCACCGCAACUACGUGCGGAAGGAGAACCACGGCUACCCUGUGCCAGCCUCUAUGUCUGGCAUGCCCCAUCGCCACUGCUGCCUUUACGACGCGGGACUCAGCCACUGCCACUCUCCACAGCCUCCUGAAUACCACACUGCGCCAUCUCACCAUGGCCAUGGACACCCUCACCCUCACAUCCAUGGCCCGGUGCACCAUCCUCCUGAGGUGGUAGCUGGAGACCCAGUUGGCUCCCUGGCCAUGAGUGGUGGCGGUGGCCCCAGGGAGGGUUUCCUGGACUGCCCUCCCCUUGAGGAGUCUCUGGAGCUGGCGUCGCUGCAGCAUGAUGGACUGGCUGCCGACUCCCUCCAUGGUAAGCCCAGCAAAGAGGCUUUCAACGGGUUUCCCUUCAACUCGGCCUCCGGAGGGCAGAGCAUGCUCAACUCCUACGGUGUCCAGGGCGAGCUGAGCGGGACUCAGGGGGACAUUGCCGACUCCAUUGCAGGGAAGCUACGCAGCGAUGUGCUGGUGGGUGAACAGGGCUCCUCUGAAGAGACGGGGCUGAUGGCGCCCUCCGUAGAGCUGGACGAACUGCAAACGCCGUGGGAGAGCUCAGACCAUGCCGCCGCAGCUCACAUGUUCAACGAGGCCGACCCCAUCUUGGGUGCUCCUGCGCUGGAGUCGGAGUUCCUGGACUCGUCCGAUGCACCCGGAGACGGCCAGGUGGACACUGCCUUGAACGACUGUCUGAGCAUGCCCAGCUCGGAUUCGCAGAGCAACCCGGUUGAUCCCUUGCCGUCCAGCUUCAUGCUGUUUAAGGAGCUGAGUGAAGCCGAGCCCUCGGUCGAGCAGACUGACCUAUCGGCCAGCCCUCCCCCAGAGUACGCUCCGACUCCCCUCUCUUUGGGCGACAUGAGCCUCUCCCACACGGGCCCCACUGAGGAGCCCGAAGAGAAACUGAGUGACUCUGACGUCACCCGCAGUGCUCCCAGCCCAGUCGACGUGGCCGGGAGUGUGACCUUUGAGUUUGACAAGGAGGAGCUGUCACGGGAUAGUCACAGCCUGGCGGGGACAACUCAGGGGCCCGACGAAGCAUCUCUGGAUCCGUCCGAAGGCCCUCCAGAGGAAACCCUGGGUGAGACCAGUACGGAACCACUAAGCGAAGCGAGUGCCCCUGAGCAUAGUGAAGAGAACCUCGCAGAGCCUUGUGAGGAGCCAAUGGAAGAGUCUAUGCUGGAGGGGCUCUCAGAUGUGCCACCAGAAGAGCCUUGUGAAGGCCAUCCUCAGGAGGAGCAGCCUGGAGAGGAAACCCUACAGGUGCCCUCCGAGGAGCCCACAGAGGAGGAGCCCUACGAGACACCCUCAAGGUCACCACACGAAGUGAACUCGGACGAGGCAUCCAGCGGAAGGCUCUCUGAGCCUGUGGUCGGGAGCAGUCUCAGUGACCCAACCCUCUCCUCCGUAGGCCCCACCUCGUCCCCACCUCCCUGUGCCUCGCCUUCCCUGUCCGUCCCUCUGUCUGUUCCCCCGACGUCGCCAGAGCCCAGCACUGCAGUCCACAUUAAACAGGAGCUGCUGCUGGAGCCAACCACUACAGAGAUCAAGCCUGACCCUGAGGCCCUCGAGCCAGACAGCACUACACUCACACCAAGGCUAGAACAGACGGAAAUGCUGGAAGCAAAAGAAGAGAUAAAACAGGAGAGAGUGAAAACCCCAGCUCUGAUGAUGGACAGCUAUGUGGAAGCCCCGAGAUAUGCUCCCCAAAUGUCAGUGUGCGAAAUGCCCGACAGUCUCCAUGAUGUUCGGGAACCUACCAUUGCCCAGCUUCUCCAGGAGAAAGCCCUCUACUCAUUCUCUGGAUGGCCCAAGGACAGGGUGAUAAUUAAUCGCCUUGACAGUAUUUGCCAUGCUAUUCUGAAAGGGAAAUGGCCUUCAUCCAGCCAGUACGAGUCGCACAGUACCCUGGCAAACACCUGUGCCCCCAACAGUGCCCACCAGCGAGCUGCCUUCAUGCCAGCCCGGGUACAGCCUGCCCAGAGCCUUAACUUCAACAUGCCAACUGUCUCCCGCAUGCCUAAGGAGAGGUUAAUGGCCCCUCCAUACUUGCCUGACCUCAAGCAGCAACCAGGGGUAAGGCCGCGGUUUGAAUUUGAGACAGAGGUGCUCAGCAAGCCUUGCCACACCGGAGAGAAAAUCCAGGUUGGCAUUCCACAUCGGGGCGGACCGCUGCUGUUGAACGGCUGGCAGGAAGCGGCGAUGGACCUCUCCAAACCCCCCGGGGAACUUGGCAUUGGCGGGGAGACUGGCCCUGUGGGUCAUAUUACUCAUACAGUCCACACCCCUCCUCCCCCUCCACCCUCUCACCCCCCUCCACCGCAACAUAAGCUGCCCACCCUGAGCUCCAUGCAGGGCUCUCUGGGCCUGGACAUGGCCGGCAUUCUGCAGGCCGGCCUCAUUCACCCAGUCACCGGGCAGAUCGUCAACGGCAGCCUUCGCCGUGACGACUUCAUGAGACGGAGACGAGGCCGCAGGAGAAAUGUGGACGGGCCUGACAUCAGCUUCAUGCGGAGCCACGGACUAAGUGUGCAGGAACAGCAGGUUGGCCUGGCAUUCAGAUUAGAACCGAGACCGGAUAGCAUCAGCCACUCCACGGUGUCGUCCACCACCACCACCCAGUCAGAUCGUUCCCCGGCGCCCCCUGGUUCCUCUGGCCCAUCUAGUUCUCUUGGGCUGCCACCUCCACCACCACCACCAACAGAGAGCCUGGGGAUUGACAGAGAAGCAGCCAAUAAGGGCCUGAUGGAGUGGCUCAGACAAAACCCCAACUACAUGGAAAUCCCCCAUUUUGCCUCCUCCCAAAACGCAGCCAUCUUGCAUGGUUUUGUUGAGCGUCCAAAACAGAGGAGGCACCGUUGCAAAGACCCUACCAAGCUGGAUGUGAACUCCCUGACCGGAGAAGAGCGGGUGCCAGUAGUACACAGGAGCACAGGGCGUAGGCUGGGUGGCGCUAUGGCUCCAGCGAUAAAGGAACUGUCUCGAUGGCUGGACGCCAACUCUGAAUAUUGUGUAGCUCCAGACUGGGCUGAAGUGGUGAAACAUUCGGGAUUUCUGCCAGAGGUCAAGUUUACUCGAAUCCUGACGGAACCCGUUAGCCGAGACCCUGGGCCUCGCCGGAGGGGUCGACGGCCUCGCAGUGAGAUGGUGAAAGCUGGACCCAUCCUCCCGGAGUCUCCUUCGAACAUGGGGCCCCUGUUUAUGAACGGGGGACUGAUUGGAAGCAUGGACUUGGUCAGUCUGCAAAACCUGCGGAACGUUCCGGGCAUCCCCCUCACGGGCCUGAUGGGAUUCCCACACGGCUUUGCAGCCGUCCCAGCGGGAGCGGGAGAGGAUGCCAAGAACGGCAUCAGCAUGCUUCCCAUGAUGCUUCACGGCAUGGCGGCGGUGCAGCCGCCCAUGUUUAGCGUGAGCGGCCUCAUGAGCCAGCCUUCGUCAUCCUCGCCCUCGUCCUCCUCCCCCACCAUGACCCUGUCCACUUCAGCAGGCCCCACCGUGAUCACCUCCACCUCUGCUGCCCUCAGCCCCUCUAGCGGCCCCAGUCCCGCCACCAGUGGUCCGAGCCCCCCGGCCGAGAGCUGCAACUCCACCACGGCCUCGGGCUUGGACAAACGCAAGGACGACAGAGCACCUGUGGAAGGGAAGCCCCCUGGGCCUCCCGUUGGACACGCAACCGCUACCGUUAGCAGCACCACACCCACCAGUGUGUCUGCCGGCAGCAUCAGCAGCACUGGCAGCCACUUGACCUUCAACCCGUUUCUAAUCCCAGGGAUGUCCCACGGACUGCUGUACCCACACAUGUUCUUGCCCCACGGGGGCAUCAUGGCACUGCCGGGGAUGCCCGCCGCCGACAGCUCCGGCAGCCCGAAGAGGAAGAGGAAGAAAGUGCGAGAGGAUGGGGCUCCGGAAGGCGGGAGCGCCGGAAGCCCUCCAAUGGACAGCACGCCUGCCAGAGGGCCCGGCGACGCUCCGCCGUUACGGGCGGACGCGGACAAUGACGCCCCAAGCGAAGUGGGGCCGCAAAACCAGGAGACAGACACAAACAGCAAGGGCCACGAGGACCACAGCAACGCCCUUCCUCCUGAGGCUCCCAUAGAGAGCAGCAGCAAAGAGGACGAGAGGCAAGCGGAGGAGAAGGAGGAGGAGCAGGAUGUGGAAGGGAAGGAUGAAAGACUGCCCGAGACCGAAAGGCAAGAAUAUGAACCCAGGGAGGACUCGCAGUAGGAACCAUCACCGCCCCCCGUCCCCUCUACUGUGCAGCGGAGUUGAGUUUGUGACAGUGUCUGUCAGUUUCCAUGUAAAGACUUAAGUUAUCCACAUAUUAAUGUUUAUAGAACUCCUGUCCCUAUUGUACGUACGUGCUCUCUGAAACACUCGCCCCCUUGGAAAGCAAAAAUAGAUAAAAAGACGGACACUUCUGCAUGCAAGUGCACACACAGGUAUGAUAGCAGCAACAGAAGUGGAUCAAAAGCCGCAGUCAUUCUCUCCAUGUCCAGGGGCAUCGGGAGAGUGGUGCCUGGCGUCACCUGGUCUGUUGGGAACUAUAUGCGUAAGGUAGAGGAUCAAUGAAGUCAUUGUGGUAUACUGUAGUGCUGUAUGGUUAUGCAAGGUGAUCAAGCCUACCGAUGGCAUCAAUGACAUGCGCCACAGGAGGGCUGUUAAAAGGGACCAGAGGUUGUGAUUGUGUUGAUGGUGUUACAGGGUUAUAGAUAGAAGUUCCACUCUUAUUUGUUUCUCUCGCGAGGGUCUUGCGCCUGCGGACAUGAAGACGAGGAGGCCUUGUGCGAUGUCAUUAGCCGUUGUUGACCUUGACUCAGUGGAUUUUGCUGUCGGACCUGAUUUCUCAUGUUGCUGCUAUGUAACAUUAUACAUUUUAAUGGAGUAUAUAAGAGCCAACAUUUUAAUGUCUAUAACAAGAGUUAGAGGUAUUACAGAUUCAACAUAUGGGUUACAAUGGAUAUUUGAGUACAUAAGAAAAAACAAUGUGUGUUAAAAUCAAUGGCAAAGAACAAUCCAGAUUUUGACUCUUUGAUCGUGUAUCAUGUACUUCAUAGGAUGCAGGCAGCAGCAACAACAAAAAAGUAAUUUAAUUUUCAAAAGUCACGUUUGAAAAAUACCCUUUUUAUUCCCAGCCACACAACGUGUAACUUUGUGAUUGUAGCUGGCAGGUGCGACUUGUCCAGAAAAGAUGAAAUGUGUCCAACACUAGUGCCAUAGCCGAGCCUCGCAAGGGGCAAAGAGAGAGCGAGAGAGAGAGCGAGAGCGAGAGAAAAGGAGCCACAACACUGAAGUGGCCAAGGUCAGAGUGGACCAGUGACAAGCGAGGGAAGCGUUCUUGUUUGAUAAACAAAAGAAAAGAGCAGGCAACGAAACAAUAACAACAGUAACAACAAGAAAAUCUGUCCACUCCCACUGGUGUGUCCAAAGCAAGGGAAGGCAGCCUGGCGGAACCACAGGCGUGAGAAAAGGAAUGGUCGCAAAUGCCCACCCACACUUAACUGGUGUAGGAUUGGUCUGGUCUCUUUCCCCUCUGAUGCAUUUUCAGCUCCUGUAGAAUAGAUCAUGCUAGGACUUCUUAAACGAAAAUGUAAAUCUGUUUAGCUGUAUAUUGCUGUUACUUUUGUUUACAAAGCACACCACGUUUUUAGUUUUUUUCUCCACUAUGUUGCAACAUACUGGGGAUAUGGCAAACUCAGUAACAGUGUUUCCUGUAUUUAACAUAACUGUACAUUAGAUGGAUACAAAGGUAGUUUGUUUUUUUUCUUCCCAAAAUUUCACAACAGGGUCUCUUUUUGGGUGUACUUUUUAGACUUGGCUUUUCGGCCGAAUAACUUUUUGCGUUCACUUUUUCCCUUUCCGUUUUCAGACAUGAAAUAUUUGUUUGCACAGUCUUUUUGGUGAAUGUUUACCUGUAACUGUAUUCUUGUAUUCUGUUGCAUUUGUUUUCUUUUGGUGAGUGUAUGUGUGGAUGCAUGCGCACGCUUGCACAUAACAUGGCCCAUCAUGGACAUUUUGUUGUAGACCUGUAUUUAUAUCUUGUCUUUCCCUAAGUCACCUUUACUGUUCUAAGAUUGUUGUUGCCUUGUCACAACUUGUGACUCCAUAAUUUAUUUUUGGUUAAGUUUUAUUUUUUUAGGUUUUUUUUAAUCUUUGCUUUGCCAAACUUUCACCAAAUACGGCAUCAUUUCAUUUAUCUUACUCAGUUAUGUUAAAUAUACAAUGCCUUAUUUAGUUAGCGUUUUAUAUAUGGAUGUUUGUUACAUCUACAUGUUGGAAAGUAUAUAUCAAAGUAUUUUGUGUAGGGCUUGAUCGUUUGAAACAGAAAGCAUCCACAGUCAGACCCAAUAGACAUUAGUGGGCUUAGUUGUCUGAUUAUGUGAGUACAUGCCUAUGAAUGUCACGUCAGUUCCUGAUCCUCAUUUAAAACAAAUCAUAUUUCCGGCCCUGUCAGAUUCACGGUGUGAUGAAUAAAUCAUCUCACGCCCAUCAUAAUGUAGAGAGGGGGCAGCAAAUCGACCAUUCAAAAAUCCCAGGAAAUUAAAGCACAAUUGGAAAACAGUUGUUGGACACUAUAGACAGAUUGCUUAUACUUUCUUUGUUGAGAGGUCCUGUCCCAUAUUUGUGUGCUGUUAUGAUUAUCGUGUCAGGUUUUAUGUAGGUUAGUCAUGGAUAAGAAUCAUCCACCAUUCACAUUGAACAUGAUUUCUGUUGUUGAUUGUGUCUCAAGCCUGUGAUCAGAUUGUCGUGUCAUUGUAAGGGUGUCUUGAGUUGUGCCAGAUUUCAUUUGAAUCAAUAGGGUCUUUCUUCUGAUAAGCUUUUCACAUGACAUCACUUUGGGGGCCUUCUGUUACAUUACGGAUGCAGUGUGAAUACAGCUGAGGAGAACAACGGUUCUGUUCAAAUAAUCAUGUUUUUUUGCUGUCCGAUUGGUAGGGUCUUCAAAACGUGUCAAAUCUUUCCACAACCGCUAUUAUAGACUUACCAUAUGGAGAAAUGGACCACCAAAAUUAAGUAUUAUCACCAGAAGUGAUGUUUUCACACAAACCCAAUCUCAAAAGCCUUUUCAGUUGAAACUUGAAUCACCUAAAAUGUGCAGUAUGGUGUGUUAAGUUACAGUUAAAAAAAAUAUUUAUUCAUGUUGUAAAAACACUCUUCAUGUUUCACUCCUCUGUUAGUGUUCAAUAAUUUAUCAGAAGGCAAGACUGAUUUUCAAAUACUUUUAUAUUAUUUCAGAUAUAUUUAUUUUACACCACUGUCAGUUUUGUUUAUCUACCUGUAUUCAAGCUUACUGUACGCAUAAGGGUUGCCAUUUUCUAAGAUUUGCCCUCACCACAUCCAGUGCAGUACUGUUUUCCCCACAAUGAAUGUUUAUGAUGUUUCUUUUGUUGGUAUGCCUUCAAAUGAAGCAAAAUUAGUCUCAAACGUGCUGAAAACAGACAUGCCUCGGAAAAGUGGUGAUACCUUCGAGAGCAUUACUGGCUAUAACUUUAUAAAUGUCUGUCCUCGAUGUUUCGCCUAUGCCUCGUCAGGCUACGUUUUGCACAGAUACUCUUUCUAAUCAACAGGUGAAAUCAUUGCAUUUUAAUUUCAUUUUGGAUAUUCAGGUCCAAGGCAUUUAUGGGAAAACAUGUAAUGUUAAAACUCACUGAAUUUGGUACACUAAACUACUCUUUGGGAAAUAACUGUUGUUGGAUCGAAUUUGAAGAAACUAGUAAGUAACCAUUCAUGUUCUAAUAGCGCCAUCCAAAAAUACUGUAUGUGGCUGAUUCAAGUUGCAGCGUUAGGUCUCAUAGUCCAGUACUGUUGGACUGGAGGCCCAAUGAAGCAACCCAUUUCCUUUGUUCUGAGAAAGCUAUUGUUCUGUGUUUUAAAACACGUCACCUGUGCAAUAGUGUGUGAUUCAAGAGGAUUGGAUCAGUCACUAUGAUCAUGAGGUUAAAUUUACACUCCAAUCCUGUGGUCAUGCGUCAGUGGCUGGGCUGCAUAUAUAAUUACUAUGACAUAUCUGCACGCAUUGGGAAAGAUGCAGGGCUCUCCUCUUAGGUGUUCUGCUGUGUUUGUCCUUGCAUGCCUGGACAUGCUGGUAUUGGCCUCGGCAACCACCCUUAACAAAACUCACUCCCAUUUCAGGAUGGCAUAAAGCUCAGAUUGGGUGUCUGUAUGCAUGCUUAACAGUUCUGUUCUUCAGCUGCUUGCGUUUAGGACAGUAGUUUGCAGCUCAUUCGGUAACUGAAAGGCCAGUGUUCACUAAGUGGAUGUACUGUACGCUCUUAGUUUCAUCGAACCAAGUGCACUGUAUUAUGGGAUCAUAUGCUAAAAAAAAAGAAAAAGAAAAAAAGUACUCUGAAAACAGCAACAUUUGAGAGAUGUGGGUUUUUUGUUUUGUUUUUAUUUUUUAUUUUUCUUGAACUAGCUCCUGUAUUCCCAUGUGGACCAAUCACAUAAUUCAAAACAUGGUAUGUGAUCUUUUAUUGUGCAAUAAAAGAUGACUUUCAACUUUGAA